CCUAGCGCUAUCUUCCCGCAGAAACUCCAUCGAUCGAAAGCCGCGUAGCUCGGCCACGGCCAUUGUGUAAAAAGGACCCAUGACGCUCGGAUAGUGCGCGCUGAGGAGUGGACGCGUAGUUUCCCCAAGUUCGUCCUCUUGUGAUAUUUAGACUGUGCCAAUAUUUAGAAACGAGGAAACGAAGCCAGAACUACCAUGGAGGACGACCAGCAGUUCUGUUUAAGAUGGAACAACCAUCAAAGUACGCUCAUACAAAACUUCGACACACUCCUCGAAAGCGGAACGCUGGUCGACUGCACCUUGGCAGCGGAGGGGAAAACUCUCAAGGCUCACAAAGUAGUCCUCUCCGCGUGCAGUCCAUACUUUGAGUGCCUCCUCAGCGAACACUAUGACAAGCAUCCAGUCUUUAUACUCAAAGAUGUUAAAUUCAAGGAACUUAAGGCGAUGAUGGAUUAUAUGUAUAGAGGGGAAGUCAACAUUUCCCAAGACCAAUUGGCAGCACUCCUCAAAGCCGCUGAAUCUUUGCAAAUUAAGGGCCUUUCGGAAAGUAAAACUGCUGGCAGUAGUAAAGCAGAAUCCAGACCACAGAAAACCGUCUCACAACCGAUAGCACGCGUUUCACCAUCGUUAGACAUUCCACACGCGUCUUCUGGUCUAACGAUAGAAAAGAAUAAAGUUCCUAGGCAGAGUAUGGCACAAGGUCCUGUGGGGGAUAUACCAGAGGAUACGGCUAGUCCUCAAGGGCCGAAGAGGCUCUGCUCGAGAGAAGGCUCACAAAGUCCAACAACAAGAAAAAGAAAGAGGUUUCGAAGAGGGAGUUUGGGCGAAGAUAAUACGUUAGAGAUGCAAGAUGCAUCGAAUUCCAGUGAUAUGCCUCAACAAAUGGGUGUACCGGCGCUUGGAAUCACGCCCGUGGCAGACGAGAAAGUGCACGCAGACUCGACUGACUCUCUCGGCAGGUCAGCUUUGAUGACGCAAUUGACGAAACCCGCCGACGAGAUGUUACAGCUGCCACUCGAAAAGCCCGAGCCAAACGAUAGUCUCAUCGAGCCAAAGUCUGAAUACCUAGAGGAAUCUGAGGAGUGCGUCGAAGACCUGACGCUGGACGACGAUAUGAAUGAUCUAAAUGAUAUGGAACAGGACAACAAUCGAGCUGGACCGUCCCACGACCCCACCCAACACCCCGCAGGCCUUGGCGCGUGGCACGUUACUGGUGACAGAAGUAACGCGGGGGGUGUCGUGGACAUGUUGAGAGGAGGAGCGGCUACCGGGGCGACAGAUGAAAUAUUUGUGACACCUCAGGAGGCCACCGCACAACAGCAGCGCGACUCACAAGAUCCGCUUUACGGGCAAAUUCAUCAUCCGUCUUACGCACAUCCCGAGGUAAUGUCCGGAAGCGGCGUGGCCGCGGACGCUUAUCAGCGAGGGGACAACCUGGACGCGAUGAAAAAGGCGAAGGAGAAUUCUUAUCUCUACGUCGACUCGACUCGUCGUCAGGAAACCAACGUAGCGCCGAUCGCCGGGUCUCGCUGGCCGGAUAACGUAGUCGUGCAGGGCUCAAUCGCAAGAAAGAAGUUUCAUUGUCCUAGAUGCAAUAGCGGCUACACUAGAUUGUCCGACAUGAAGACGCACUGCCAGUUUCAAUGCGGCAAGGAACCGCGCUAUCAGUGUCCGUACUGCACGAAGAAAGCCAAAUUCUCGUCGAAUAUGUACGUGCACGUACGACGGAUGCACAAGGACAAGAAGCUGCAGAUCAUCGAUCUCUACAAACAGCUGUCGCGAGUUCGCUACUAAAAAUCGGCGGAUCAAUGACGGGGAAAGAGAGGGCACGAGUGAUAAAAUCAUCGAGAAAGCUUUAAAGCAAAAAUAUAUAUAAUUGGGAAAAAUAGUAAGACGAGUACAGUUUUCAAGAAGAUGUAAUCAAAUGAUAAAAAUUACAUACGUUGUUUAUUUGAGAUGUUAACGUUUAUUAUGACUGCGAUUUAUUUAUGAAAGUUGAUAAAAUUCAAUAUUCGUGAUUUUCCUCUCUGAGUAGCUUAUUCGUUUAAUUUGGUAAAUUUGCUAUUAAGUAAUAAUUGCGAAUCUUUACUAGUAACAAUUACAAAUCUUACAUCAAGCAGUGAUUUGCAGAUAAUUACAAUCAAUUUGAUCGUUUCGAACAUCAAAAAAUAUAUAUUUGAGAAAUAAAUUUUCUUCCGACUUCUUAAAGGAACUUUACUAAUGAGCUUUAUUAAUAACAUUAUUUGUUUUGCACAAGAUGCGUUUUCUACCAAAGAAGAGAAAAAUGUACGUUAGAUAUGUAGCAAUGAUAGGCACAGAACAAAUUCUCCGAGAGCAUUGUUCUUUGAAACAAUUAGCAUUCUUUAUAUACAUACAUGCAUAAUCCAUGUAAAAUAAUUACGUUUUGUAAGAUAUUAUAUUUUUUACUCUUUUGGUAUCCAUAAUUUAAUUUUUUGCACACAUACUACACACACGCACACAAAUAUAGGUGCAAUAUAUGAGCGUCUUCCAUAGCAAUUAUUUUUUAAUUCUUUUGUGAAUAAAUCUUUUUGAGACAAUAUUUGUUGUUUUAAAGAGUUAAAAAAAUGAUUGGAAAAACAGUAUUAUGUUAUAUGUAAAAAUUAAUUUCUGUAUUCUAUAAAAGAUUUAAUAUACAACAUAUCACACAGCCGAUUUUCUAUUAUCUUUAAUCAUGUUAUUCACUAUAUGUAUAUUUUUCAAUAUAAUUUCUAAUUGAAUAAAAUUUUAUUCAAUUAAUUUUUUAUUGUAUAUUUAAAUGAUAAUCACAUCAAGGUGACUAGUCCUGAAUUUUCAUUUUAUAACUUAUGGAUAGUAGUAUGUAUGAGUGUGUAUAUGCGCAUGCGUUCGUGUAUAUGCGUGAAAAAACGUUUAUGUCUUUAUUAACUUUGAAAAUAAAAAACUUCAAAAAUUUGUUAUUAAAACUUUUAAAUAAAGUUUUUUUCUUAAAGAUGCAUACUCAAUCUAAAAUAUUUCUAAACACAAUCUUCAAGAAAUCUUAAUUUAAGAAAUUUUUUUGUAAAUGUAAUUUCUUUAUAAAUUUGUGCCUGUUUUCAUAUGUACAUCCAACGAUGCAUUACAAUUAAGUGGGUAUAAACUUAAAAAAAAAAAAUGGAAAAA